CGCAAUACGCCUUUUUGGUCUUCUGUUGUGUUUCCUUCUAAUAAACGCUAAUCUAACGUGGUAUUGUGGGGACUGAUUCCAGCACCGGGCUGAGUACAGCCCGUUUUACUUCUUGGCCCAAUCGGAAGAACUGAAGGCAGCACAAGCAAAAUGGGGACAUCACAGUCAAGCUAUGUGGUUAGUCCAACUAAGAAGACGAUGGAUGAGAAAGAGGAAGACCCUCCCCUCGGAAUGCAGACCUGCGCCAUCCCGCCAUAUUGCAUCACCUCUUCGUCAUGCGCCGACGCCACGCCUGCGUACUUAGCUCGUCUUCAUGGUGCGCAUGCGUGGUGCGCGGGGGACCCAACAGACUGCUUCAUAGAGGUGGACUUGCAGACAGUCCAUCACGUGACAGCGGUAGCCACUCAGGGUAACCCCUCAGGGAAUCACGAUUACGUCAUGAGAUACAAAGUUCAGUAUUCCGAGGACGGGGAAACAUGGUGUUAUUAUACACAGGGAGACCAAGAGGAACUCGACGCAAACUCAGACCACUGUAGCGCAGUAAAGCGCGUGCUCGAGCCCGCUAUUUCCGCUCGUUAUGUACGCGUGUGUCCUACUGUCUGGUUCCAGUGGCCUUGCUUGCGUCUAGAGCUGUAUGGCAGGCCAGUCAUUGAUAAGCCAAGCGAGGAGCUUACCAAAACAGCAGGCUUACAAACCCAGCAAGAAAACGAUGAAAAGGAGAUACGUGGACAAGGGGAAAAUUCACUACCGGGCGAAGACAAGGCAUCUAGUAUAGAUGGUAAAAAAGAAGACUUAAAUGAAGAAGAGAAUAAGAUGAAUAAGAAAGAGAUGAGAGAUGAAGAUCUUGAAUCGCCAAUGAGUGACAUUGAAGCGAACAGUAAAGUAUGUUAUGAUUCGCAACGGAUCUCAGAUUCAGGCCUACAACAGAUACGAGGCCCUGCGCUCGCUUCUGACGACUUCAGACGACUGCUAGAGGUGAAAAAGAGGUUGGAAUUCGAGGCUGAGCUGCGAACUUUACAGGAAGAGAAAAAGGUGGAUUUUGUGCUAAGACGCAAAAAGAAGAAAGUUACUUAUGAUCUCGAUUCACCCGACUUGUUCAAUGUCCCAAGGCGCGUGUACACAGAAAUGUGGGGCGGUGAUUCUCCUGGUGAAUCAGUUGAGCGAAUAGACAAGAGUGUCACAGACGAUAAGCCGAUGAUUGAGCGCGGGAAUGUGGGAGCACCGCUGGCCAACCUUGAUGAUGAGGACCUUGAGCCCGCGCGCCGCACUGUUAUAACCAUUCGCACAGUGUUCACUAUAUCGAACACACAACAAAGCCCGACAGAGAACGGAGAGAAACGGGAGACCUCAUUCAUCCAGCCCGUGUCAGCGGACACAAGCUACGUGGAAUCUGAAGACAGUCCCUUUACGAACGGCUACGACGAGCAGUCACGCCCUUCACGUGCGUCAUGUGCACAUCUCCACGCUACAGAUCCUGCCGCACAGACAGCCAUGGAAUCCAGUUUCCACGAGCGACUGGACUCAAUCGAAUCAGAGGGUAUGAGCCCCCUUGACCUCAGGCGGUUCAGCGGUCUCGACCUAUUACAGACACCGUUAAAUGCGGUCAGCGAUGAUGACAUCGAGCGGUUGAUAGCGUGGGAAGAUGAAGCGUUGACUGGCUGGCAUAGAGUGAAGAAGUCACGUGACCUCGAGAUCUGUAGAGGUCAAGCAGUGGAUGGAGGUCCUCCGAUCAUCAAGGCGACGAUGACCUUGCGGCAUAUUUCAUAUGAUCAAGCGCGUAGAAGAAUCAUGAACUGGGACGUUCGCAUGGAGUGGGACAAAACGUUUGAUGACGUCAUCAUUCUUGACAGAACGUACCAUUUUAACGUCAUUCACUGCUCCAUCAAAAGACAAGGCCUGACGCUCGCUAUUCUGGAAGACAUUGAUCCGGAUGAGCCUUAUCACGCUUGCGUAUGGAAGGUGACAGAUUUCCCGGACUAUCAGCCAGCCAGCCCAUGCAAAAUGCUCAAGUACGAGACAAUGAUGUCAGGCCUCGUUAUCAGACCGAUAGACAAUGGGUCCCAGUCCUCCAAAGUCACUCUACUCUGCCAGGUGAAAGGCUCGGUGUCUCAGCCGCUUAGGAACACGUUUUUGACUGGAUCCCCUGAGAAAUGGUUAGAAAUGCUUAAAAAGUACGACCCAAAACCGAAAGUUAUCAAGCUCUAAAUCUUUAAACUCAGUCCAGGGUGAUUAUAGUAGUGAUAAUGUUACGUGGUACCUAUAAAUGAGGUUACACUCGAUCAUUUUGCGCUGCAUAUCAUGGAGUAUAUAUGUCAAAGUUAUGAUUUUGACAGUCAUAUGAAUGUGUAGGCUUCUGCCAUUCUCCAAACGGCAGAAGCCUAAAAAAAGGAUAUCGCUCAAAGGAUAGCGUUCACGCCACUUAACUGAUUUUGUAACUGCCAUUUAAAAGUACAAUUAACGAUUAAAGUAUGAUGACGCGUACACAGCCCCCCCCCCCCCCCCCCCUAUAGCGGCCAAAUAAUGGGACCUCAAUGAUUGUCGCAAGUUAAAGUUAAGGAGUUUGCUACUCAAGAAGUCACGUGAUUUCUUAGUAUGCAUGUCGCCUUUUAAACUGCCGCGCACGCGCACAGUUUUCAUGUGAUGUAAUAAAAGCCUUUGAUCUUUUGUUAUGAGUGUUUGACCGCUUCGCGGUGUAGAACAAGCUUAAAAACAACUACACAAUUUUUCAGAAUUACUCACUUAAACUUUAAAUGUUUUAUCUUAAUGCACAUAUUAAAAUAAACUUAAUGCAUGCCACUAACGUUUACUAUAUUUAUCUUUGUAUAGUUUUAGUUUAAUAAAAACUGUUAAAAGUU